UAUACUCUGCUUUAUCAACGUGGACUAAUAAAGCAGUGGGUACUAGCCCACUUUUAGAAACAGUGGCCGACUCCAGUGGAUGCUGGUCGGGUGCUCCAACAGGAAAAUGCCCCUAACCUCGGGACUGUGGAGCAUGAAUAACAAAAACGAAAGCAUAAAACGGCUGGAAAUGUUAGGAUACGUUCUGUGGAUGUUGCAGGUUUCGCAAGCUUCCUCGAGCACUUGGAGAAAACGAAUUGGUGGAAUUUUCCUCUCUGAAUACAGACCUGUGGAGUCUUAAUGGAAACUUACCAGAAGUAAUCAUCAGACAUGGUGCAACCUGUGGGCGUAGCGUCAGUAGGUGGCAGUGAAUGAUAUAAAUACGAGGCACGAUGCGGUAAUUACACAGCAUGACAGUACACCUGUAUGAGAACAACAUGGAAGGACACCACAAAGAGGAGAAAACCAGUGAUGUCCAAAGCCCGGCAGAUCCAGGUCAUCCAGUGAAAUGUUCUCCAGUCAUCAUUGGCAAUAUUCCUCUGAAUGGACCCACUCUGAAUGUACUCGCAUCAGAGAACUUCAUUCACCAGUCCAUGUCCAUCAUUGUGGAAAAUGCAAUAAAAAAGGCCACAGACGUCAGAGAAAAGGUUUGUGAGUGGCGCUCUCCCGAGCAGCUGAAAGAGCUGCUGGACCUCGAGCUGAGAGAUGGGGGAGAGUCAGAGUCUGAGAUCCUGCAGCGCUUCAAAGAUGCCAUCAGAUACAGCGUCAAGACUACUCAUCCUCGUUUCUUCAACCAACUGUAUGCUGGGAUGGAGCCCUACUCUAUGGUGGCAAGCUUCAUUAUUGAGGCUCUCAAGCCCAGUCUGUACACAUACGAGGUGGCUCCAGUCUUCACGCUGGCGGAGGAAGCUGUGUUGAAGAAGAUGAUGGAGCUGAUUGGCUGGAAGGAUGGCGGAGAUGGAAUCUUCAAUGCAGGCGGUUCAAUGUCCAACAUGUAUGCUGUGAACUUAGCCAGGUACCGUUGCUGCCCUGACAUAAAGGAGAACGGCCUCUCUGCAGCUCCACGCUUGGUCAUGUUCACGUCACAGGAGUGUCAUUACUCCAUUUCCAAAGCAGCAGCUUUGCUGGGGAUUGGCACAAAGAAUGUUUACGCGAUACCAUCUGAUGAGAGAGGGAAGAUGAUUCCUUCUGCUCUGGAGGAGCAAAUACUGUCUGCCAAAAGUGAGGGUGCAGUUCCCUUCAUGGUAAACGCCACCGCAGGAACCACAGUGCUCGGAGCGUUUGAUCCCAUCGAUGUAAUUGCCGACAUCUGUGAGAAGCACAACCUGUGGCUGCAUGUGGAUGCAUGUUGGGGAGGAGCAGCUCUGGUGUCCAGCAAGCAUAAACACCUGUUAAAGGGCAUCCACAGAGCCGACUCUGUUGCCUGGAACCCUCAUAAGAUGCUGAUGGCAUGUCUGCAGUGCUCGGCUUUCAUGGUCAGAGACAAAACGAGUCUCCUGCAGCGCUGCCACUCUGCACGGGCCUCUUAUCUCUUCCAGCAGGACAAGUUCUACGAUGUCAGCUACGACACGGGGGACAAGUCGGUGCAGUGCAGCAGGAAGCCGGAUGCUUUCAAAAUCUGGCUCAUGUGGAAGGCUUUGGGAAGCAGAGAGCUGGAGCAGAGGGUGGACAGAGCCCUCGCCAUGGCA